GCGCCCCGCGCAGCGGGAGGCCGGGGGCGGGCCGGGACCCGGGGACCAGCGGCUGCUCCUCUGCCGCCAUCGUCCCGCGCCGCUCGCUGGGCGUCGGAGGAGCGCGGGGCGGGGCGAGGACGGUGUCCGCAGGUAACCCGCGGGGGGCGGGGAGGUCUGCCCGGGACCCCCAGACCAAAACGCCGAGUGGGAGGAGCGGCGCGGCUGUGCGCUAGGGCAGCCAAGUUUGCCUCCAGCACGCGCGCUCCGCGUCCUGCCUCUGGGGAGGAGAGGGGACUGUCCCCUCCCGAGCGGGGCUCGGACCUUGGCCCCCAGAGCCGCCGCAGACCUCCAGGGGGGACUUCGUCGCUCCCUCUUCUGGACUCACUGGGUCCCGGUGCAUCCAAGCCGCUCAGCGAACGCGCCAUGCAGGAGGGCGACAUCAGCCUGGAGGGGCUGCCCCCCAGGGAAGCUCCCACAGCCGAGGCCGCCGGGGCCGUGGAUGGGGAGGGCGCGCCGCCCGGCGGUCCCCGAGCACAGGCGGCCACGAUGAGGGUCAACGAGAAGUACUCGACGCUCCCGGCCGAGGACCGCAGCGUCCACAUCAUCAACAUCUGCGCCAUCGAGGACAUCGGCUACCUGCCGUCCGAGGGCACGCUGCUGAACUCCCUGUCUGUGGACCCUGACGCCAAGUGCAGGUAUGGCCUGUACUUCCGUGACGGCCGGCGCAAGGUGGACUACAUCCUGGUGUACCAUCACAAGAGGCCCUCGGGCAGCCGGACCCUGGCCAGGAGGGUGCAGCACAGCGACACCCCCUUUGGGGCUCGCAGCCUCAAGCAGGACCACCCCCUGCCGGGCAAGGGGGCACCGCUGGACGCGGGCGCGGCCGAGCCCCCCAUGGACUACCACGAGGACGACAAGCGUCUCCGCAGGGAGGAGUACGAGGGCAACCUCCUGGAGGCCGGCCUGGAGCUGGAGCGGGACGAGGACACUAAAAUCCAUGGAGUUGGGUUUGUGAAGAUCCACGCCCCCUGGAAUGUGCUGUGCAGAGAGGCGGAGUUUCUGAAACUGAAGAUGCCGACGAAGAAGAUGUACCACAUUAAUGAGACCCGUGGCCUCCUGAAAAAAAUCAACUCUGUGCUCCAGAAAAUCACAGACCCCAUCCAGCCCAAAGUGGCUGACCACAGACCCCAGACCAUGAAGAGACUCUCUUAUCCUUUCUCCCGAGAGAAGCAGCAUCUAUUUGACCUGUCUGAUAAGGAUUCCUUUUUCGACAGCAAAACCCGGAGCACGAUUGUCUACGAGAUCUUGAAGAGGACGACGUGUACCAAAGCCAAGUACAGCAUGGGGCAAGGCGAGGGAAGAAAGAAGGACUCCGCCCUUCUAAGUAAAAGGCGGAAAUGUGGGAAGUAUGGCAUCACGAGCCUGCUGGCCAAUGGUGUGUACGCGGCCGCAUACCCACUGCACGAUGGAGACUAUGAGGGCGAAAACGUCGAGUUCAACGACAGAAAACUCCUGUAUGAAGAGUGGGCGCGUUAUGGGGUCUUCUAUAAGUACCAGCCCAUCGACCUGGUCAGGAAGUACUUUGGGGAGAAGAUCAGCCUGUACUUCGCCUGGCUGGGCGUGUACACCCAGAUGCUCAUCCCUGCCUCCGUCGUGGGAAUCAUCGUCUUCCUGUACGGAUGCGCCACCAUGGAUGAAAACAUCCCCAGCAUGGAGAUGUGUGACCAGAGAUACAACAUCACCAUGUGUCCGCUUUGCGACAAGACCUGCAGCUACUGGAAGAUGAGCUCAGCCUGCGCCACGGCCCGGGCCAGCCACCUCUUCGACAACCCCGCCACCGUCUUCUUCUCCGUCUUCAUGGCCCUCUGGGCUGCCACCUUCAUGGAGCACUGGAAGCGGAAGCAGAUGAGGCUGAACUACCGCUGGGACCUCACGGGCUUCGAGGAGGAAGAGGAGGCUGUCAAGGAUCAUCCCAGAGCUGAAUACGAAGCCAGAGUCUUGGAGAAGUCCCUGAAGAAAGAGUCCAAAAACAAAGAGAAGCGCCGGCAUAUCCCAGAGGACUCAACAAACAAAUGGAAGCAGAGGGUUAAGACAGCCAUGGCGGGGGUGAAAUUGGUACUUUUCUAUGUUGCGGGCAAUGCGAGUCUUGACUGUUUGCAGACAAUCAAAGGCGAUCGUGUUUUUCCUCAACAAACUGUUGUAUUUUUUUUUAACAUUCACAUCAUGUCUCUCUGCCUUCCUUCGGCACCCAGUGAGCCCGGCGAUGGGGCCUCCACACCCCUGGGCAGGGCAGGGCAGGGCGAGGGAGCCCAGACAGACAGCGGUGUGUGGAACAAGCUUGUCAUUGUAGCCAGCUCCCACCAGUUUCUCAGGCAACCGCCAGCCCAUGUUUUAUGUGACAUUCUGGUCCCACGAAGAGCAGGAGGGGUGGGGGACAGCUGGGCUGAGGGAGCAGGUGGGGCAGGUCCAGGAGGGUCCUGGGUGGGUCCCCAACCAAGAGCACCCCUUCCCCCACUGCAGAUUGCGGUAACGUUUGCCAUAGUCCUUGGCGUCAUCAUCUACAGAAUCUCCAUGGCCGCCGCCUUGGCCAUGAACUCCUCCCCCUCCGUGCGGUCCAACAUCCGGGUCACAGUCACGGCCACCGCGGUCAUCAUCAACCUAGUGGUCAUCAUCCUUCUGGACGAGGUGUAUGGCUGCAUAGCCCGGUGGCUCACCAAGAUCGAGGUUCCAAAGACGGAGAAGAGCUUUGAGGAGAGGCUGAUCUUCAAGGCCUUCCUGCUGAAGUUUGUGAACUCUUACACCCCCAUCUUCUACGUGGCUUUCUUCAAAGGCCGGUUUGUUGGACGCCCGGGAGACUACGUGUACAUUUUCCAUUACUUCCGAAUGGAAGAGUGCGCGCCAGGGGGCUGCCUGAUGGAGCUCUGCAUCCAGCUCAGCAUCAUCAUGCUGGGGAAGCAGCUGAUCCAGAACAACCUGUUUGAGAUCGGAAUCCCGAAGAUGAAGAAGUUCAUCCGCUACCUGAAGUUGAAGCGGCAGAGCCCCACCCACCACGAGGAGAGCGUGAAGAGGAGGCAGCGGUACGAGGUGGACUACAACCUGGAGCCCUUCGCCGGCCUCACCCCAGAGUACAUGGAAAUGAUCAUCCAGUUUGGCUUUGUCACCCUGUUUGUCGCCUCCUUCCCCCUGGCCCCGCUGUUUGCACUGCUGAACAACAUCAUUGAGAUCCGCCUGGACGCCAAAAAGUUUGUCACCGAGCUCCGAAGGCCGGUGGUAGUCAGAGCCAAAGACAUCGGAAUCUGGUACAAUAUCCUCAGAGGCAUUGGGAAGCUUGCUGUCAUUAUCAAUGCCUUCGUGAUCUCCUUCACGUCCGACUUCAUCCCACGCCUGGUGUACCUGUACAUGUACAGUAAGGACGGGACCAUGCACGGCUUCGUCAACCACACCCUCUCCUCCUUCAAUGUCAGCGACUUCCAGAACGGCACAGCCCCCAACGACCCCCUGGACCUGGGCUACGAGGUGCAGAUCUGCAGGUACAAAGACUACCGAGAACCCCCUUGGUCGGAAAACAAGUAUGACAUCUCCAAGGACUUCUGGGCCGUCCUGGCCGCCCGGCUGGCGUUUGUCAUCGUGUUCCAGAACCUGGUCAUGUUCAUGAGUGACUUCGUGGACUGGGUCAUCCCGGACAUCCCCAAGGACAUCAGCCAGCAGAUCCACAAGGAGAAGGUGCUCAUGGUGGAGCUGUUCAUGCGGGAGGAGCAGGACAAGCAGCAGCUGCUGGACACGUGGAUGGAGAAGGAGCGGCAGAAGGACGAGGUGCCGUGCAACCACCACGACCCCAAAGCCUGCCCCGACAGCCUCGGCAGCCCAGCCCCCAGCCAGGCCUACCACGGGGGCGUCCUGUAGCUCACCAGCGGGGCUGGGCAGGCCAGCCGGGCAUCCUGACCGACAGGCACCCUCUCCCAGGGCAGGCGGCUUCUGGCUCCCACCAGGGCCCGGAGGCUCCUGGGUUUUCUGCAAACAUGGGGGACCACUUUCUAAUAGGACAUUUGCCUUUCUUCUUUCUGUUUUCUUUCCCUUAUUUUUGCACAAAGCCAUUAGGCCAGGAAUUUUUUUCAAUCUGUAGUUUUCAAGGUGAAUCAAAAUGAUGGCUGGUAAUAAAGCAAUAAAGUAGCAAAGGCAGGUGCUUUGCAGAAAGAAUGCUUGGAAACUCGAGUCUCCCUGGCGGCGAACAGUGAGCAGAGGCCCCUAGAAACCCUCCUUUCAAUCCUCCUAACCCCUUAAGAUAGAUGCGAAAUGGUAAGCCAAGGCAUCGGGCAAAAGCUGGUGCGAGGCUUCAGGGAAAAUGGAAAAAGCAAGAAAGAAUAAUGAUGGAUUCUGGUUCCAAAAGGUGUCACCUGCCUGUUUCAGAAAAGCUAGACUUUAAAUCACCUUUUCCUUCCUCAGUUCAGCGGCUGAGGCACUCUGGGCAGAGCGAGAAGUGCCCCAGCGCUGACCGCACGGGGCGGGGAGCAUCCCAGCUAUUCCUGGAAAGCUGGAAGUGGGCACAGGUGUCCUUGACUGGGCAGGAACCAGCACCCUUGGCGUCCCCGGCAGGCCUCGCUGUCAGCCACACACCUGCCGCGUGGCACCAAGCUGACCUCAGAGCUGUUCAUCUUCCUUACGCAACAAAACUGACCAGAAAAUGGGCAGGGAGAGAUGACCCCGGAAGCAUUUCCACAGAUGGCGUCAGGGUUUUGAGAAGUCUUACGACUUCCCGGGAUCCCCUGGAAGCUUUAGAAUAUUCAUGGUUUGGUUUGGUUUGGUUUGGUUUGGUUUUCAAAAAUCAAUUAUGUGGUAGAUUAAGGAUAUUUUUUCUGUAGCUCAAAGGUGGAGGGAGUUUAUUAAUUAACCAAAUACCAUUGAGAGAAAUUUAAAAUACUGUUACUACCAAAGAUUUUUAUUAAUAAAGGCUUCUAUUUUGGUAACACUUCUCUAUAUUUUUACUCACAGGAAUGUUGCUGUUGACAAUUAUUUUAAAAGUGUAUAAAACUGAGUCUCAUAAAUUACCUGAGUGAUCUAAAUCUGCAGCAACGAUACUAAACAACUCUGAAAUUUCUCAAGCACCAAGAGAAACAUCAUUUUAGCAAAGGCAAGGAGGCAAAACAUAAACAUAUUUGUCUUGAACACCUCAUUGAUGUGAUGUUGACGCUCCCGCUAAUCUGCCAACUGUGAUCAAAGUUUGUGGGUGUUGUAGAUUUCCAUUAUUUGCUAAAAUCAUGCAAUCUGAUGCUUCUCUUUUCUCUUGUACAGUAAGUAGUUUGAAAUGGGUUUUGUAUAUAAAUAUUGUGUUAAAAAAGUAGGCGAUUACCAAAAAUCCUUUUAUGGAAACCGUUUUUUUAAAAGUGAAUGUACACAAACCCACAGAAGACUGUGGCUGGACAUUCAUCUAAAUAAAUUUGAGUAUAUGACA